AAUAAGGUGGUGAGAGGACCUGAGAGAGAGAGAGAGAGAGAGAGAGAGAGAGAGAGAGGGAAUGGCUGUCCGAACACCCGGUGACUCCAAUGAAUAAUCAAACAAACAAACUCUCUUUAGUCGUUUCCCUUUCUUCAUAUCUCUCUCACUCUGUCGUUAGUAAUUUCCUUUCUCUCUUCCAAAUUCCAAUGGCUGAAAUCUCUGCACUUUGCUUCUCUACGUUCAGAUUCUCUUUUCCUAAUUCCCUCUCUCCUUCAACACCAUUCACCUUCAACUCUUUCCCUUUCUCUCCCUCUCCUUCCACUCCUCACCCCCGUCUCCUCCAUUUCCUCCCCAAAGCCAAUUCCUCCGGUAAUCACUCCUUCGGCUUUUUCCCUUGGUCCGAUUCCGAUAGCGAAAUUCAAUGGGUUCCCGAGGAUAGAAUUACGUUGUUCACUGCUGAUGGACUGAUCCAGAUUGGAGGCUCCAUGGUUCCACGUCGUGUCAGCUUUUCAGAUAAGAAGCAAGGGAAAUCCAAAACUGCUCAAAAAUUUCAACGUUUUCAGGAGAAUGAUUACAUGAAUCCAAAUCAAGGCCUCUGUUUGGGUGCACUCUUUGAUAUUGCAGCUACAAAUGGACUUGAUAUGGGUAGAAGACUUUGUAUUUUUGGUUUCUGCCGCUCCAUUGAGAUGCUUAGUGAUGUGGUGGAAGACACUGUUUUAGAGCACGGCGGAGAGGUUAUUGCCGCAGAGAAGGCAAGCAAAGGUGAUUUACAUGAAAAACUAACCAUGACUGUUGCAGUGCCAUUAUUAUGGGGGGUUCCUCCAGCUUCCGAGACGCUUCACCUAGCUGUUAAAAGUGGUGGAGGGAUUGUAGAGAAGGUCUAUUGGCAAUGGGACUUUCUGUAAAUACAUAUUGUAGGUUUCCUAACCAUUCUUUGUGCACUUUGUACAUAAAAUUGUAUCUCUGUAUAUGUACUAAAAAAAUUUGUUGCUUAUCUCUGUACAUGUUCAAAAAAUUAUUG